AUGCCUGUCCUUUACCAUUUGACCCUGCAGAAGCCGACGGCGAUUGUCCACGCUCUGCAGGGGAACUUCAGCGCGCCUCGUGCUCAGGAGGUAGUUGUUUCGCGCGGCCGAGUCUUGGAGCUGCUUCGGCCGGACGACCAGGGGAAGCUGCAGGCCAUUUCGAGCACAGAAGUCUUCGGCAUCAUCCGCUCCAUUGCCGCUUUCCGUCUGACGGGAGCGAACCGAGAUUACCUCGCCAUCGGCAGCGACAGCGGCCGACUGGCCAUCGUUCAGUUCUCCGCGGAAAAAAAUGAAUUCGAGCGCGUCCACUGCGAAACCUACGGGAAAACGGGCAUUCGGCGAGUUGUUCCCGGGGAGUAUCUCGCGGUGGACCCCAAAGGGCGCACGCUGAUGGUGGCGGCCGUCGAGCGUCAGAAGUUCGUUUACAUUGUCAACCGCGACAACAAGGCUCAGCUGACGAUCAGCAGCCCACUGGAGGCUCACAAGAGUCACGCGAUUUGCCAUGACUUGUGUGGAGUUGACAUGGGGUUCGACAAUCCGCUCUUUGCGUCUCUCGAACAAAACGUUGAAUCCUCGGACAGAAAACCUGCAACUCCCGGCGUCACAGUCCCGAAGGGGCUUUGCCUGUGGGAAAUGGACUUGGGUCUGAACCAUGUGAUCAAAAAGGCGACGUUGCCGGUGCCGGCGUCCGCUCACUGUUUGAUUCCGGUGCCUGGCGGUGGCGGAGCGGAUGGACCGAGCGGCCUGUUGGUGUGCUGCGGGAACUUCUUGCUGUACAAGAAACCUGAUCACGAGGAGAUCUGCUGCGCGAUUCCGCGGCGACUGGAGACAGGUUCCGACCGCGGCCUCGCCGUCGUCGCGUUCGCCGUGCACCGCAUGAAGGACUUCUUCUUCAUCCUCAUCCAGACCGAGUACGGCGACAUCUACAAAGUGGAGAUCUCGCACGAAGAAGGCGUUGUCCGGGAAGUCGUCUGUCGAUACUUCGACACGGUGCCGGUCGCGAACGCUCUCUGCGUGCUCAAGUCCGGAUACUUGUUUGUCGCUUCCGAGUUUGGGAAUCACCUCUUCUACCAGUUCACGGGGAUUGGGUCGGACGCCUCCGAUCCGCGGUGCUCGUCGACGCAUCCGCUGGGUCGCGAGGCGAUCAUCGCCUUCAAGCCCCGCCCGCUGAGGAACCUGGCGCUCGUCGACGAACUCCAGUCGCUCUCGCCAAUCACCGAUUUGAAGGUCUUGGAUGCGCAAGGCACUGGCGCCCCGCAGGUCUACGUCCUCUGUGGGAAGGGACCGCGCAGCACACUCCGCAUUCUCCAGCACGGCCUCGGAGUCGAGGAGAUGGCGGACAACGAGUUGCCGGGACGCGCGCGCGCCGUCUGGACCACCAAGCUGUCACACCAGAACGCGUUCGAUGGCUACAUCUUCGUCGCGUUCGAUGGUAGCAGUCUCGUGCUCCAGAUCGGCGACACUGUCGAGGAAGUCACCGACAGCGCGUUCCUCACGAACGUCUCCUCGCUGCUCGUCGCCCUCAUGUACGACGACUCCUUCAUUCAAGUCCACGAAACAGGCAUCCGGCACAUCCUCAAGAGCAAACGUGUGAAUGAGUGGCGAGCGCCGGGCGGACGCCGAAUCAAAGCCGCUGCGGCAAACGAGAGACAGCUGGUGAUCUCGCUGGCGGGAGGAGAACUCGUUUUAUUCGAGGUCGACGACGCACACACCCUCGUCGAAACCGCUCGAAGAAACAUCAACGUCGAGUCCACAUGCAUGAGCAUGCAGGCGAUCCCCAAAGGUCGCCUCCGCGCCUCCUUCCUCGCCGUCGGCGGACUCGACAACAUGGUCCGCAUCCUCAGCCUGGAGAAAGACCGCAACCUGAGACAGCUGUCCACCCAGCUCCUCCCCAACGACGCGACGCCCGAGAGCGUCUGCCUCGCGACGCUCACUGGCCUAGGCGCGAACUCGACAGACGCAGGCAAAAGUCAAGACAACGGGGUCUUGUAUCUGCACGUCGGCCUAAAUACGGGUGUGAUGAUUCGCAGCGUCGUAGACCCUGUCCUCGGCACCCUUCUAGACCAGAGAAGCAGAUUCUUGGGAGGUCGCGCCGUUCGCUUCCACGCCGUCACCCUUCAGGGCCAACCAGCAAUUCUGGCGCUGAGUGAGAAGUCGUGGCUGUGCUACACCUUCCAGCACAAGCUCCACUGCAUACCUCUCAACUACGAUCCUCUCGAGUGCGUCGCCUCUUUCUGCUCUGAGCAGUGCACGGACGGCUUCGUCGCGAUUGCAGGUGGAAGCUUGCGAAUUUUUCGAUGCCAGCGACUGGGCGAGACUUUCGGGCAAACGGUUCUUCCGCUCUCGUUCACACCGCGAGCGAUGGCGGCUCUCCCUCACCCUUCCGCGGCAGAGUCGCAAGCGGGAGGAGACGCCGCCGGGGCAGACCCAUCGCGCCGCGCAUCGGCUCUCGCCAUUGUGGAGGCCGACCACAACGCGUACGACGAGUCGACGAAGGCCGAGAUUCGCCGAGCCUUGAAGGGCAUCAAGGUCAACCAGGAAGAAGAAGAAGACAAGGAAGAAACCGACGACAUGCAGCUGGAAGAGAAAGAGCAGCAAGACCUACCUGAAGACCACUACGGAACCUUCAAGGCAGGCCCUGGCAAGUGGGGAUCUUGCAUUCGAAUCGUCAACCCCCUCAUGGCAAUGACCAUCGACAAGGUGUCUCUUGAGACAGACGAGGCUGCACUCAGCUGCUGCUUCUGCGAAAUGGAGGGUCUGCCUCUCCUCGUCGUCGGCACCGUCACGGCGAUGACUCUCAAGCCAAAAAAGGUGCCUCACGCGUCCAUCAAAGUCUUCUCAUACGACGACAAGUUCUCCCUCAGUUUGGUCCACUCCACUCCUGUAGAAGACUAUCCGAUGGCGCUGACUGCGUUCCGAGGCAUGCUGCUCGCGGGCGUCGGGCACAAACUGCGUCUCUACGCGUUGGGGAGGAAGCGCCUGCUGAAGAAGUGCGAGUACAAGAAUCUGCCCUGUGGCGUAGCUUUCAUUCGCGUUGCCGGGGACAGACUCUUCGUCGGCGACGUCCGAGAGAGUGUUCACGUUAUGCGGUACCGCCUCAGCGAAAACCUCUUCUACGUUCUUGCAGACGAUGUCGUUCCACGAUGGCUGACCAAGGGCGAAGUGCUCGACUACCACACCUUCGUGGCGGCGGACAAAUUCGACUCCGUUUUCAUUUGCCGAGUCCCGAGCGAGGCGAAGGAGGACGAGCUAGGCGAUACGACGGGUCUGCGUCUGCGGGGCGAUACCACUUACCUGACGGACAAAUGCUUCAAAUUGCAGUCUCUUCUGCACUUCCAUAUCGGCGAAAUCGUCACUGCCUUGGAGCGCGCGACACUCACUUCUGCUGCUUCUGAAAGCAUCGUCUAUGGCACGAUCAUGGGCUCCAUCGGGUCAUUCUCUCCCUUCCUCACGAAACACGAACUGGAUCUCUUCACACAUCUGGAGAUGGUCAUGCGGUCUGAGAAACCUCCUCUCGCGGGCCGCGAGCACAUCAUGUUCCGUUCCUACUACCACCCCGCAAAGAACACCGUGGACGGCGACUUAUGUGAAAGUUACGCGCUGCUGCCGUACGAGGAUCAGAAGCGGAUUGCCCAGGAUUUCGAGAAGACCCCCGCGGAUAUUCUGAAGCAUCUUGAAGACAUCAGAAACAGAAUUCUAUAGCGAGGCGUUGCAGUUGCCGGGAUCCCCAGCUGUUCACGCAGACCCGAUGGGCUGUCUCGAAAGCGACAAAGUUCUCAGUUUUCUGGAACUCGUGUUUUCUCUUCCACAGUUCCGGCUGUGUGGAGAUACACGGGCAUUUUGUGGACUGCGCGCUCUGUGCGCCGAGAGCGGACGCAGAUGGCCUGUGUCGAUUCUCUAUGGGUCGCCUGGCGCGUUGUUCUGUCGGGACAGCACACUCGGCUCCAAGCGUUUCUGUGAUGCGUUCGUGAGCAUGGUCUGCGUCUUGCAUGCGCCCUGUCUUCGGAGGAACCGCGUCUUCUCUCCUGUCGAACUUGCCUGAGGUUCCUCCGUUCUUCUCUCUUCUCGGCGCCCUCCAUCCCCCACCUGCUCCGUUCGUCUGAACGGGGAGGGUGUUGUUUUUUUCAGAGUGUGCCAACUUGUGAGGAUUGUCAAAACCUGGCUGGGGUUGUCGUGGGCCUUUGUUUCGGAAAACUGUGCUCAGAAGACUUC